AGAGAGAACAAGCGAAUGAGAGGAGAGGCUUUGCAAGCAGCGCCGUACACUGUUAUACUGGACUGUACUUCAACGGGAGUUUGCGGUUUGGCAGGUUUAUAUACAUCAAAACAGAACAAAGAGAGAGGCUCUACAGUGCUAUAAAAGAAGAGAGAGAAAAGAAUAAAGCGAGGGAGAAAUCUCUGCGACUGAAUUACAAAAGAACUGAGGACACUCUGCUAAUGUUUUUCACAUCCAAAGGGGACAUAAACUGGGACUUUGGACAUUGUGGAGCAUUUGCAAGGCUUUUUGUUUUUUGCGACCUCCAAAAGUUUGUUUGGGACAACUCCUUUUUCUUGUAUAUUUGAAUUUUAAUGUUCACAAUUUCAUCCCAGUGCAAAACUUUCUAAACGGACUGCACAUGGUUUCAAAGGGCUUUUGAAAAACCUGGAAUUUUAUUCGUCCUUGUCCAUGCAGAACUGUUUGAAGUAGAAUGUUGUAAAUACAUGCGGAUUUUAUUCAGCUUUCUGCCUCCGUUUUUCAAGCUUUUUGGCGUUUUUUACGCACGUCGAUGGUAUUUGCCAAAAACCUACCCAUACUUUUAAAGUUUGAAUAAUUCAUGAGAUACAAUUUGCCCGCUCGAAAGAAGUGACUGUAAAAAGGGAGGGGGGUUAUCCACAAACAUAUUCAUAGGGGUUGACGGAAUGGCCACCGCGGCUUCCAAUCCUUAUCUGCCCAGCAAUAGCAUCUUAUCGUCCGGCUCCAUCGUGCAUUCUGACUCCGGAGGUGGUGGCAUGCAGCCGGGCAGUGCUGCGGUUACCUCGGGGUCUGGGGGCUACAGGGGAGACCCCUCAGUCAAGAUGGUACAGAGUGACUUUAUGCAAGGCGCAAUGGCAGCGAGCAACGGGGGACACAUGCUGAGCCAUGCCCAUCAGUGGGUGACAUCCCUCCCGCACGCCGCAGCUGCUGCAGCAGCAGCCGCGGUCGCUGCAGCCGAAGCCGGAUCGCCCUGGUCGUCGAGUCCCGUCGGGAUGACGGGCAGCCCGCAGCAGCAGGACGUGAAAAACUCCGGCAGAGACGAUCUGCACACGGGCACCGCGCUGCACCACAGGCCCCCUCACUUAGCUCCCCACCAGACUCACGCCGGGGCUUGGGGUAGCACGACUGCGGCUCAUAUUAACUCCAUAUCCGGGGGCCAGCAGCAGCAGCAGUCGCUGAUCUACUCCCAACCGGGGGGCUUCACUGUGAACGGGAUGCUGAGUCCUGGGAGCCAGAGCCUGGUACACCCGGGUUUGGUGAGGGGGGACACCCCGGAUCUGGACCACGGCAGCCACCACCACCACCAUCACCACCAGCAUCCGCAUCACCAGCACCACGGCGGCGUCAACAGCCACGACCCGCACUCGGACGACGACACGCCGACCUCGGACGACCUGGAACAGUUCGCCAAGCAGUUCAAACAGCGGAGGAUCAAACUGGGCUUUACGCAGGCGGACGUCGGCUUGGCUUUGGGCACCCUGUACGGGAACGUUUUCUCUCAGACAACCAUUUGCAGAUUCGAGGCUCUGCAGCUCAGCUUCAAAAACAUGUGCAAGCUCAAGCCUUUGUUAAACAAGUGGCUUGAGGAGGCCGACUCGUCCACCGGCAGCCCCACCAGCAUCGACAAGAUCGCGGCGCAGGGGAGGAAGCGAAAGAAGCGCACAUCCAUCGAAGUGAGCGUCAAGGGGGCUUUGGAGAGCCACUUCCUAAAAUGCCCCAAACCCUCGGCCCAGGAGAUCAGCACCCUGGCGGACAACUUGCAGCUGGAGAAAGAGGUGGUUAGAGUCUGGUUUUGCAAUAGGAGACAGAAGGAAAAACGGAUGACGCCCCCAGGAGUGGCACAGACGCCGGAGGAUGUGUACUCUCAGGUCGGCAAUGGGCAUUUUUUAGUAGAUUACUUAAAAGAUGCAAGUGAAGCGAGCGACCAGAGGGUGACAACUACAAGUUCAUUCCACCAGGUAAUUUUGGCGCAUUAAAACACACCAAGAGGAAACCAAGUAUUGUUUUUUAUUAUUUUUUCUUCCCCCCCUCCAAAAAAAAAUUCUCUCCCUCAUUAUCCUGUGUUUGAUUGAAGAAACAAAGGAGCAGGCAUUUUGUAUAUUUAGAAAUGGGACUGAACCGCCCCCCCCCCCCUCUCCAUGCCCAACAAUAACAGAGGGGAAAAACUGCAACAAUAUGAAGAAGAGUGACAUCCACGACGCUUCCAUCAUGAUUUACAGCUUUUUAAUUUUUUCUGAGGUGGAUUGCAUGGUUUCAUUUACACACACGGAGGAUUAGGGAUUUUUUUUUUCUCUCCAUGUUGAGGCCCUCAUGAAAGAAAAGACAACCAGGACCAGGACUGUCCCAGCCUGAUCUCAAAGAUCACCUUCUUGGGGUUUUUUUUUUUUUUUUUUUUAAUUAUUAUUAUUUAAUGGACUUUGACACCGUGAGUGGAUUUUUUCUGUUUUUUUCAACAAAUAGAGCAUAAGACAUUUGAAAAGACUUCAGCUGCACUUAUUUGAGAAAAAAAAUUCUGAAAAUCUGUUGCCAAGUGUGACUGAGUGGGUGCUGUGGAUAUACUAUUAAUGCUGCCCUUUCUAAGCAGUAUUCUUUGGUAGGUUUUAAUAAACAAAACUCUGUAAAGCCGGCAAUAUAGAUCACUAGAUCAGAUACUGAUCUGAGUUAUUUACUUUAUAUUUUUCAUCAGAAUGACUUGUUUUAAUAUUUUAUUCGGAAUACAUAUGAAUUAUUCCAAACGGUAAUUUAUUUUCCCCCAGGAACUUGUGUAAGAUGCUUUCCCUUUUCUUGUUUUAUUUGAUUUUUUUUUUUCUUAUAUUUUUGGUUGUUGCCCUUAUUUGUUUAAUUUUUGUAUUAUCGUUUCUAAAGGAGCACAAAUCAUCAUAAGCUGACAUUGACCGUUGUUAGGUAAUAAGGGUAUAUUUUGAUGUGAUAAUUUGAUUGUAAUUUAAUUUCAGUAGUGGUUCCGUACGAGCUGAUUGAGACACAAUAAAUUUGUUAGAAUGAAAUGCAGUCAUCUUGUGUUUUGACAUUUAUAUUCUUAUCAUACACUGGGCUGUAUUUUAUUGUUUUAUUUAUAUCUUUUGGAAAGGGAAUUACCGUGUGUACUAUUUCUGCAUGCACAGCAGCAGAAGGCUAAUGAAGAAAAUGGUGGACUAUUUUGAAGCUGCGAGCUAAUAAUACCCUCCAUUAGAAUAAUGCACAGGCCCUUUGCAGAAAAUGACAAUAUUCCACCUUUAAAACUAAAAAAGCUGAUUUUAUUUAUUUACCAAAUAUUAAAAAAAACUAAGCUUGGCGUAUUAAUAUAGAUUUAGCCGUUUUAAGAGCCCAUAAGGUCCUAAGUUAUUGCCUAAGCUUAAAUAAACGUCCACAAUCGUUUGUUAUCAUCAUCCCAUAACUGUACAUUACCAUUUAAAUGGAAGAUCGCGGCCAGUUUCAGGCCUGCACAAUGGCUCGUCUGUUUGUUUACAUCUGCUGCCUCUUCAGGCCUUGGGCAAAAAGCAGGAGCCCCAACCUCAGCCUGCAGGAUGGACAACAGCCGAGGCUGGAGUCUGUGUUGUGGCGGGAAAAAUAAAUAAAGAACAGAGACAUUUCUUAGAGAAAGAAAAAAAGAAAAUCAAAGGGAUGACAGACGCCGCCGUAUUGUGGGUGUUAAUGUACAGAGCGUCCUAAUGUCCUGACUGUGUGUUAUGUAAUAUUUACGUUGCAGAUACUGCAUCACAUAAUACUGAUAAACACAUUUAGUAUAAUUAUUAGGCUGCUCCACGAGCGCCUGAGUCACGCGCUCGUCAAAAAAACACCAACUCUAAUCUGCAAAAUAAUUGAUUUCCAUUCAUUGAAAUGACAGAAUUGAAUGUUAAGCUGUCUGCUUUG